AUGCAGCAAACAGAGAAAGAUAUAUUGGAUAAAGUAUUGGACCAAAGCAAAUAUGACCUGAGAAUAGUUGCCCGACAUUACAACGAAACGACCAGAAGUACUGAACCGGUGAUCGUUCGCACAAAUAUGUAUAUUCGAGGCAUUGAAUACAUUAGCGUCGAUAAAAUGGAGUACAAGAUUCAAAUGACUUUUAGACAGCAAUGGACUGAUGAUAGACUCAAGUUUGACGACAUGAACGGCCAAAUCCGAUAUCUAGUGCUCGACGAUCCGACCAGAAUAUGGAUACCCGACACCUUCUUCUCCAACUCGCGGUUCACUCUAUCGCACACUGAUAUCAGACCUAACAUAUUGUUCCGCAUAUAUCCCAACGGAAAUGUGUUGUUUUCCAAACGAAUGACUGCAACCCUCUCCUGUCCAAUGAAUCUCAAAUAUUUCCCAUUUGAUACACAGAUAUGUUCCAUACAAAUGGCCAGUUAUAGCUAUACGACCGAUGAUAUAGUACUGCUUUGGAAAGAAGGAGACCCUCCUAUUGUACAUCCAGAACAAACACAGUUUUUAGUGGUCGUAUUGUUGAUGCUUUACACGCAUAUUGUUGUGAUCAAUAUGUGGUCCGAUGCAAAAGUGUCGUAUUUUAUAGCAAAGGACUGGUGGUUUAUGUGGUGCACAAACUUCAUCGUUGCCACUAUUAUUGAGUUUGCAGUCGUUAAGGCCAUUGAUUAUAAUUGUAACAAAACCUUAAAUAAUAAUGGACAUUUUGGAGACAAUGUCGCAUUGAAGGCAAUAGUAUUGUGCAUUGUUUUGAAAAAGGAAAAUAAAAUGAGUAUAGAAUUAGACAAUGAGGGGAAUGACGAUCAAAUGCCUAAUGAUAAACAAUCUGUUUCAUCGGGAAAUCAAUUGACAAAAUCUUUGUCCACCGAAACCAUCAGUUCGUUCUCAACGAGCGUCGCGUCAAACAAAUGGCUUUUGGCUAACAAUGAGAUAAAUGCCAACUUAUAUGCCAUUCCGUCGUGUAUAGCAUUGGCCGAUAUGUCCGGUGACGGCGACUAUAAAUUAAUUAUAGCUGAUCUAGGAUUUAAUUUAAAUAAACCAAAACUAAAGGUAUAUCGGGGAACUGUAUUGCAAACUGAGAGCACUUUAGUUGAUAUCCCGGCGGGUAUAGCAGUGUUUCAUAUGGAUGGCAACGAACCACAAACACCGGCAGUGGCCGUAGCGUCGGGCGCCUACCUCUACGUAUACAAAAAUAUGAAACCCUUUUACAAGUUUUCGUUGCCUACUCUUGAGGUGAACGCCAUGGAAAAGGACGCCUGGAGUCAAGUGAAAGACGAAAAGAUUGAUACUCUGAUGCUUAAAGAUUUGCUAAACAAUAUACGUCUUGAAAUCGGUGACACCGGCCUUACAUCCCGUUCCCAAGCGUUCAUCGGCUUAGAAAAUGCGGUAGAAAUGGAUAAUUUUGUUGAGGUUUAUAAGGAUCAGCCGCUGAAAAGGGUAACAGUUGUCACGUGUUUGACAACUAUAAAGAAGACGGUGUCGGAUGAGAAUGCGGUCAGUUGUCUAGUGAUGGGCACUGAGAAUCGGGACGUGUAUAUACUAGAACCCGACGCCUUUACUAUAUUAGUGACCGCAACGGUUCCGAGUGUUCCCGUGUUUAUUGAGGCAAACGGUUUGUUUGACGUCGAGUAUCGGUUAAUGGUUUCGUGUAGAGACGCCCACAUCUAUACCAUCAAACGAGGCUAUAAAACGGGACGACUCUGUCUUCAACUCAAUUCACAACCCGUUGGAAUUUUAAGAGUCAAUAAUAAUAUUGUGAUCGCAACCAUGAACCAAAUGCUCAGCACAUUCACCACUAAAGGGAACUGCAUGUGGAGUGUUGAACAGCCGGCAAUUAUAACAGCCAUUGAAGCUAUAGAUGUUGAGCGUCAGAGCCUGAAGCUGAUCGCUGUGGCACUCGAUUGCAAACAAAUACAUUUAUAUCAAGACAGACAUAAAGUGGAUAUUUUGGACACGGAUGACAUUGUGGUGGCCAUGAAAUACGGUCGCUUUGGCCGUGAAGACAGUACAUUAGUAAUGGUUUCGCGUAACGGAGCCCUCACUAUUAAAAUAUUGAAAAGGACCGCAAAGUUUGCGAUCCGGGAGUUUGUGGAGGCGCCCCAACACACACUCACUUCUAAACUCAAUAUUCCCAAAAAGACUAAAUUGUUUGUCGACCAAACUAUGAGAGAAAGGGAACAGUCUAUCAGUAUUCACCGAACAUUUCAACACGAUUUAUAUCGUCUCAAAUUAAUCGCCGCCCGAUCUUAUGUCAAAGCAAUCGCAUCGAGUCUUAAUCCUUUAUCUUCUACUGCUAUCGACCCUUUGAAACUAUCGGCACAGGUGCAUGGAUUGGGCCCUAUAUUCAGACUAGUAUUGGAAUUGCAAAAUACAUCGCCGGACACGCCAUCAAUGGAUCUGUUGAUGACAUUUCAAUGUGAUGUUCGCAUCUAUACUAUCGACCGAUCGGCGAUUCGCGUGCCAUUCCUCGCGCCCGGAUUUAUCUACUCUUUCGCCACACGUGUUGUUUGCGUCAGUAAACUAAACAUCUCUGAUAUUAUCAAAGUACUUGUGGUGAAAGAGGAUGGGAUAAUACCUGUAAUUACUGCUGUGAUCAAUAUGCCGGCCAGUGAGGCACCUAUUGAUGGAUAGGCGUCUUCUCGCACUCAUCUUAUCAAAUAUUAUUUACUAAC